CUUCUCUGCAGAAGCUGCUGCCGUGCCCCCUCCCUCCGUCACCACCAGCGCCACCUUGUGCCCUCUCUGCAGACGAUAAGCUGUAAUAACCGCCCCGACCCGUCCAGGCAGAUCUGAGCAGACACUCGUCCGUCUCGUCCGUCAGUGAAGACACAUCUUCAAGUCAGAGGUGACCCGUCCCCUCCCCGGCGUCCCGGCAGACAGGCAUGGCAGACGGUCGGCAGCCAGACGAGCACUGGGCCUCCAACGGCCAAGAGAACGGCGAGAACGGCUACUCCGCCUACAGCUCUGGCUACAGGGAGAACGGAUACCACGGCGGGGCGGCUGCACAUCCUGGAACGACAGUGGAUGACUCAGCCAAUUUGCCUCCCUCCCCUCCCCCCUCUCCAUCCGCUGAGCAGAUCGGGCCCGUGGCACAAGCCCGGCCGGAAGAAGAGUGUCUCAGUCAGGUGUGUUGUGAGUCUGCGAUGAAAGAAGACGAACCGCAGGUGUCGCCGUUGCACGCGAAGCAGGUGGUUGUUGAGGAAGUGAGUCCUGAAGGAGAAGAAGUUGCCUCGAGCGAACCUCCUCCUCCGUCUGUGAAAGAUAAAGACGUGCCCUCGAUAGAAGUGGGAAGAAAAGAUGAAGUAGAAGAGUCCAAAGAGGUGAAAGAGUCAGAAGAGUCGUCGCCAAGCAAAGACAAACCACAGACAGCUGACUCGAUAAAUAAGGACCAAGAUGGAGGUGACAUCAUAUUGCAAGAGACACAAGUGACUGAUGUUCAAAACGUCCAAUCCAGUCCAGAACCGGGUGCAGAGUCCAAAAGCACAGCUGGGGUGUUGGAAGAACAGAAACCAGGAGCUGCCACUUACUUUGAGACGUCCUCAAAACUCCACGGAGACCAGUCACCGCAAACUCAGAGCUAUUACGAGCUCAGCACAGCGGCAGAGAUGGAAUUAAGAGAACCUGAAAAUGUGAUGCAAGAGGAGGAAGAGGAGGAGACAGUGAAGACGUCCAGCUGUAAAGUGUCUUUCGAGCAGAGAAGCCUCUCGUUGAACAUUAACAUCGGAUCCUCUGAGAAGAAGUCCAGCUCCUUCUCCGAGAGUUUGUGUCCAAUCAGCGGAAGUUUCGAUGAAUCCGACGUCCACCCUGCAACGCCGACCGUGGAGAGCCAUAACCACACGUGUCCUCCAGCUGUUUCCAUCACUGAAACAUCUGCUGGCGCACACGAGGAUGCUCCCGCCAAAGAAGAAGCGCCUCCAAGUCCUGACGAGCAAAUUUCCAGUUUCUGCCUCUCUGAGAUGUUGGACCUGGCGGGAGCGCUGCCUCAGCCGUCACUGGGGAGGAGAGAGGUCGACCACAUGAGGCGAAAGUCUGUGCCCACCAAUGUGUCGUCCCUCGUGGGCAGCUCUUUGGCUCGGCUCGCUUUGGGAGAUACGACCUCGAGAGCUGCGGGGAGGGAAAACCAGCUGGAGGAACUCGGCUACUGUGUAUUCAACGAGUACUCGGGGCCGUUGCCUUCUCCUGCAGACGUUCCAAGUCCUGGACACUCUCCGCACCAGAGUUUCCCUUCUGUGGAGAGCGAGGUCGAGGAAGAGCUGAGUGUUUACAAGGGAAUCCAACAACCGGAUCAAAAAGCUGUAACCGAGAAGAAGGAUUCACCAGUGAAGACGUCCCUGAUGCUGGAAAGAGCCGUGACGAGCGGAGUGAAACCCGAUCGCCUGAGAAUCCCAAUGAAUUCAUCAAAAGACAGGCUGAAUGAGUUUCGUUUGGAGAGCGGCCUGACUGGAGACCUUAAGAUCCAAGCCAUCCCUGAGGUUGAUGUAGAGAAAGACCCCUCUAGAGAGGCUUCCCCCAUCCCACCAGACAGUUCCUUCACUUUCACUCCUGUGGAUCCUCUGAGCAAAGUUCCAAAGACUCCAACCACCCCCGGAUCACCAGAAGAUGCACUGUCAGAAAGCCAAGACGCUAAAGAUGAAGCUGGGAAAGAAGUCAAAACGGAGAACGAGUUCAAAUCUGAGAGCAGAGAUGAUAAAAAGCCAGAGUUGGACAAAGACGUGACGCCAGCUGAGCAGAAAGAAUCCGAGCAAAUAAGUGAAGAAGCAAACAGAUCUUCAGUGUCCUCUUCAGGAGAGAGCACAGACAAGAAGAUUCAAGAAGAAACAGAAACGCAACAGAUCUCAAAAGCCCAAAUCCAGUCGCUGAUAACCACCACCAUCAUCGUCAUACCUCAAGCACAAGCAGAGGAAGAGGAUGAAGACGACAUAGAGAUCGCAGAAGAGCCUCAAGAGAUGAUGGAGGAAGCCGAAGAGCCCGUUCUUCCGAAGACGCAUGAAGCUGAAGACAGAAAGAAAGAGGAGGAGAUGGGAGGCGACCAGGUGGUGGAAGAAGAGUGGAGUCGUAGUGCAACACACUCGCCUCCUUGCUCCGACCAGGGUGGAGGCAGAGACGAUGGGACGGGGGAGGAAAAAGGAGCAGAAAUAAACCGAGAAGAAGGGAGGAAACAGGACGAGGAGGAAGAGAAGAGGGUGGAUGAAGGGGAGGAGAAAGACGUAGAGAUGGGUCAGGAGGUGGAGGAGAACGAUGAAACCACAUUGGAAGUGUCCAUCCUGGACACAGACAGUGGCUGGAUGGACUCACAAGAUGAGGACAAAAGUAUAAUGACUGAGCAAAUCGAAGCCCUUCCUCACACCCAGAGUUCCACGUGCACACCCGCGGCGGCGGUGGUGGUGGACAGACCCGCUAAACGGGCCCCUGGCAGAGGAAGGGGCCACGUUGGCACCGCUGAGAGCAAAGUGUCCCGCAAAGUGCUCCAUCCAAGAGAGGAGAUGAAGAAGAAAAAAGGCAUGAGGAGGGCUGAGCAGAAUAAGCUGUCAGUCCUCCAAAGUCGCUCUCCAUCUCGAAAGAGCGUAGCCAGAGCGGCGGCCAGACACCCUCGGCCCGCUCUGCUUCACGGCUCUGCUAGACGCAAGGCCUCAGGCAUGGAGAGCCACCAGCCCCUCAGUGUGGCCCACCAGUCCAGGGAGAGGACCACU